GCAGGAGCCUUAAAAUAACGAGAGAGAGGAGGCCUGCGAUGAUCCGCAAACAGCAGCUCGGAGCGGCGGGACUGCGUGAUUCCUGCGGGAUUGUAUGAAAAGUUCACUGGGCUCCGUGCGGGGGGACAUCGGAGAGCACGGGCCCGCCGUGUCUCUCGGAGCCGUGCGAUGUGACGGGGACAUGGUGCCGUGAAGGAAGCAGGAGCCAUUACCGCAGCAGCAGCAGCAGAGGGCCCGUACGCCAUGGAGCCCGCGGAGCUCCGAGCGGAGGUGCUGUCAUUAAUAAUCAGCGGGGAGGAGGAGGAGACGAGGGACGGUGGAGCGGGAGACGGCGACGCUCUGGCCAAUGGUCACAGCGAGGAUGAACCUGGAGGAGUCAGAUCUCCUGGUACCAGCUACUGGAGCAUCACAGAGGUCCAGGACCACCCACUGCUCCUCUCCCCGGCCCCUGGACCUUCAGGACAGAAAUCCCCGGUCCAGAAGGCUUCACGUCCAGGCCUGAGCCGCAUCCCAGGCCGAGACCACCGUCGGUACUACCACGAGUACUGGAGGAGCGAGUACCUGAUGGACUUUGACCCUCAGAGACACGGGAUGAUCUGUAUGGUGUGUGGCAGCUCGCUUGCCACGCUGAAACUGUCCACCAUCAAACGCCACAUCAGACAGAAACAUCCAGACUCCCUGCUGUGGAGCGCCGCAGACAAAGAGGUGAUCCGCUCAGGGUGGGAGAGUCACCUCAAUGUGGGCGGGGCUCUGAGGCCGUUCGGUUCUGCAGAUGGAGCCGCAGCUCAGGAGGAGGAGCAACAAGAGGAGGAGCAACACGCUGCAGCAGAGCCCCCGUACCCAGUGACCCCCCAGGAGCAGAGACCACAGCCUCUCAGUCCACCUCCCCACUCUGAGGAGGGUGAAGCCCCUCCACCGCCACAAGUGGAGGAUCAGGAGGUGCCGGGGCCGUCGACGCGGACCCUGGAGCGUUACCUGAACGACUCUCUGCACGCUUGGUUCAGACAGGAGUUCCUGAUGGAGUACGAGGCAGAGGCGGGCCGCCUGCUCUGCAUGGUGUGUGGAUCAGAACUGCCCUCACUUCACCUGGAACACAUCAAGAGCCACGUCCUCGAUACCCACCCCAACUCACUGGUCUACAGCUCAGAGGAGAAGCACUGCAUCCUGCAGGCCUGGGCCCAGACUCACGAAGAGUCUGAGACAUCAAUCAAAUCAGAGGCGGACACCAAAGACGAGGGGGCGGAGCUUUUCUCUCAGGAGGUGGAGGCGGUGCAGGUCCACGCUGACUCGUACCCGCAGGCUGACGGCACUUUAACUCAGGACACAUGUCUUAUCGGAGAGGACGGGGGUGUCGGAGCCCCUCAACAGGGGCCCCUGCCACCCCGCCAGCCCAGGAAGAGACGUCUACGAGGGGGUGACCCAUGGAGGCUCCGCCUGGACUACCUGGUUGCGUACGGGCCGGCGGGGAGGGGGACGUACUGCAUGGUGUGUUCUCAGGUUCUCCAGGAAACUAAGGUCAGCAGCUUCAGACGCCACAUCCAGGAGAACCAUCCAGAAACAACAAGCCUGAGCCGGGAGGAGAGAGAGGCCAUGGCUGCUGCCUGGACCAAAGAUUACUCCGGGGACGGGUCGCAGGGUCACGACGACAUGAGCGUGAGCAGCAACAUGAACAUGAGUGGUGACAUGAACAUGAGUGGUGACAUGAACGUGAGUGGCAACAUGAACCUGAGCGGCGAGGAUGUUCUAAACACCUCUGGAGAGACGAUUGAGGACUCCUCAGCUGACGGCGGACCCCCGAGUAAGAUGAUGAAGGAGGAGGAGGGGGCUAUAAGCGGGGUACAGGGCAGAGGUAGAGACAGCAGCGCUGCAGCCACACCGUCCCGUCACGGUCAUUACCCCGGGAAGGACCAGCGGAGGAACUACCAGGUCCGCUGGAGGCUAGACUACCUGAUGGAGUAUGACAGCAGCAGACACGGGCUGAUCUGUAUGGUCUGUGGGGCCACGCUUGCCACGCUGAAGGUCAGCACCAUCAAGAGACACAUCCAGCAGGUGCACCCCCAUUCCCUGGACUACAGCGCUGAGGAGAAGCAGCACACCCUGCUGACCUACACCCAGACCGCCAUGCAUUUCAUCCACCCUGACGACCUUCUCCCCGCCCAAGAGCACGCGCACACUGAGCUGGGCCCCGGCACCGAACACUUUCGCACUUAGAAAGGGCUUCAAUCUGCCGCUCGUCACGCGCCCCUGCCUGCACAGAUCAGACCCCCCCACCCUAAACUAAAGGGAAAUUUACACUUUAACAAACAGGGUCUUUAACCUCUUAAACCACCUCGUAACCCUCGAUUAUUUCUGGGUUUAUAAACCGCUAAAACACAGGAGUGAAUAUGAACAUGAUUAGGAACAUUCAGAUUUAACCACGAGAAUAUGCCAAAGGAAACACAAAUAAACUGCUGGGAAAAUGAAGAAUGAAUAAUUCAGAGAUAGAUUUUGAGUCUAAAAUAUAGGCUAAAAUAAUAUAUGUGAAUUAAUUGCAGGAAAAAACACACCUGGUGUAAAGGCCUUUACUCAGCCACGAAAAAGGACAAAUCUUAAAACAUCAGGCCUUAAAAAUCAAAGUCCAAACACUCAAUGGACACAUACCCUCUUAUCAGGGAAACAGGAAGAUCUACAAUUUAAUAGAACAUUUUAAAACCACAUCAGCUCUGAAAUGAAUCUAGAGGUGUGAUCUAGGAAAGAAAUUUAAACUGAGCCUGAUAAAAAGAUGAAAAAAACUGUCAUAGAAAGGCAGAGGAAAAGAAUCCAAUAGGAAUGAUCAAUGAUCAAUCACUUUAAUAAACUUUCACAAUUCUAAAUUUAUCACAGCCUUUAUUUGGGGAAAUUUGCUUUUCUUCAAACAAAUUUAAAGUUUAAUAAAAAUGAAGCUCAAGAGUUAAGAUCAAAACAGUCACAUGUUGGAUAAAAUUCUAUGUUUGGUACGGUAAAGAUGAAGGCCGCUGAAAUUUUUCAUAGACCCCAGGUUAUUUUUCAAAUUAAAAAAUCCCCUCCAAAUUCUGAGAUUAAAAUCUGAAUUCUGAGAUUAAAGUCAGAAUACUGAAUAUAAAGACAAAUUAAUGACAUUAAUCAGAAUUUUCAGUUUGUCAGAAUUCUGAUUGAUCUCAGAAUUCUAACUUUAAAUUCAAAAUACUGAAAUCAAAGUCAAAAUUCUAAAAUUAUAGUCUGAAUUCUGAAAUUAAAAUCUGGAUUCUGGGAUAAGAGCUAGUAUUUUGAGAAGAAAAUCAGAAUAAUGGGAUUAAAAUUGGGGUUCUCAGAUUAAAAUCCAGUUUCUAAGAUUAUAGUCAGAAUUCUGAGA